AUGAGGUCGUCCAACUCCUUGUAUGAUCCUCAGGCCUUCAAUGAUGCCCUACGCCGCAACAAGGCAGUCGUAUGCGCACUCUCGGCCAGUUACAUUUCGACCUUUGCUGGUUACCCUCUGGACUCCCUCAAGUCCAGGCUGCAGACCAUUAAAACUCCCAUUACGGUCCCAAAACUUGCCGCGAUCGUCUACCGGGAAGAGGGUAUCAAGGGGUUCUAUAGAGGUCUAUGGAUACCAUUGAUCACGAUUUCGUUUGUUCGUACGUCUUGUGCCGCUUCCUUCACCAUCUACACUCGAACGAAGGAACUUGCCAGCCGCCAUGAUUUCUUGAACCGUAGUAGCGCUCUAGAUGCCGCACUUGUUGGGGGAAUGGCUGGUGCCAUGGCUGGGUCACUCAUUUCGUUUGGAAGUGCCCCGUUCGAGUUGGUCAAAGUUCGCCGGCAGCUGGAGUAUAGUAUCGCCCAGGCGCGGGGUUUACACAUUGAAAAGCCUCCUGGGACUCUAGAUGCCGUCAGAGAGAUUUUCCGGGUCAAUGGCAUCAAGGGCUUGUACACAGGCUUUCGACUACACUUUAUUCGUGACACGUCUGGUACAGCUCUAUAUUUUAUGGAGUAUGACGGAAUGCGACACUUGCUGGGGAGAGAUAGGUCUGGCGAGCAAGGUGCUACCCCGCCGUGGCUUCCAAUACACUCGUCUCUCGUGCCCUUCGUUUGCGGUUCUUUCGCCGGCGUGACAUCAUGGGCCCUGAUAUAUCCCUUGGAUGUUGUAAAAACGAAGGUCCAACAACGAGCCCUGGCAGGCGAAAGGUAUCGCGGACCAUUUGAAACCCUCUCCAGGCUCAUCAAAGGUCCUGAUCCUAAUAACCCGAAACCAUUGUUGGCGGGUGUGACUCGUAUCUAUCGCGGUCUUGGAGUGAGCGCGCUCCGUAGCAUCACUACGCAUGGCCUCUUGUGGACAUUCUUCGACCUUGUCUCGAACUAUAUUGAUGCAUUGCCCCAGUAA